CCACAGUCUCAGUGUGGCGCAGUCUGCUGUUCUCUGAAGACGCACGCUCGCUCUCUGCUCCUCUCUCUCUCUCGCUCUCUUGCUCUCUCCCUCUCUCUCUCUCGCUCAGAAGCUCAGAACUGCACUGACAGGAUGAAGCUGUUGGUCCUGGCGGCUGCCCUGCUGGCCGUAGCCAGCGCCGCCACCAUAUCCCUGGAGGACCUGGAGUUCCACGCCUGGAAACUCAAAUUCGAGAAGAUCUACGGCUCGUCUGAAGAGGAGGCCCAGCGUAAACUCACCUGGCUCUCCAACCGCAAGCUCGUCAUCGUGCACAACAUGCUGGCCGAUCAGGGUAUCAAGUCCUACCGGCUCGGCAUGACCUAUUUCGCCGAUAUGGACAACCAGGAGUACCGGAACGCGGUCUUCCGCGGCUGCCUGGGUUCCUUCAACACCACCAUGGCUGGCCGCAGCGGCAGUACGUUCCUCCGGCAGGCAGGGGGCGCCGAUCCCCCCUCGGAGGUGGACUGGAGGCAGAAGGGCUACGUCACCGACGUCAAGGACCAGAAGCAGUGCGGUUCCUGCUGGGCCUUCAGCACGACGGGCUCCCUGGAGGGGCAGAACUUCCGUAAGACGCAGAAGCUGGUGUCGCUCAGCGAGCAGCAGCUGGUGGACUGCUCCGGGGACUUUGGCAACGAGGGGUGCGGGGGUGGGCUGAUGGACUGGGCCUUCAAGUACAUCAUUGCCAACGGGGGCAUCGACACUGAGGAGUCCUACCCCUACGAGGCCACGGACGGAAAGUGCCGCUUCAAGCCCGACAGCAUCGGCGCCACCUGCACCGGGUACGUGGACGUAAGCCCCAUGGACGAGGGGGCCUUGCAGGAGGCCGUGGCCACGAUCGGACCCGUGUCCGUCGCCAUCGACGCCGGGCACUUCUCCUUCCAGCUCUACACGUCCGGCAUCUACGACGAACCCGAGUGUAGCAGCACAGACCUGGAUCACGGCGUGCUGGCGGUGGGGUACGGCACGGACAAAGGGCAGGACUACUGGCUGGUGAAGAACAGCUGGGGCCUUGACUGGGGUGACGAGGGGUACAUCAAGAUGUCCAGGAACAAGAACAACCAGUGUGGCAUCGCCACGGCAGCCAGCUACCCUCUGGUGUGAGGGCGGGAGCAGAA